GAAAACCAUCCACCAUUCAUUCAUCCUCUCACACACACACACACACUCUAUCUCUCUCUCUCAUACAUAAACACCGGGUAAAGGCGAUAAGGGUAGAAAGAGAAAGCUUUUAAGCAUAUCAAUGGCAGGAACUGGUGUUUUUGAAGAGAUAAUAGAAGGCGAUGUGUUCAAAUAUUACACUGAUGGAGAAUGGAAGAAAUCUGCUUCUGGUAAAUCUGUUGCUAUUAUUAACCCGACUACCAGAACCACUCAGUACAAGGUUCAAGCAUGUACACAAGAAGAGGUGAAUAAAGUAAUGGAAUCAGCUAAAAUUGCUCAAAAGCAAUGGGCGAAAACACCACUAUGGAAACGAGCCGAGCUUCUUCACAAGGCAGCUGCCAUUCUCAAAGAGCACAAAGCUCCCAUCGCCGAGUGUUUAGUUAAGGAGAUUGCAAAACCAGCCAAGGAUUCAGUCACUGAGGUCGUUCGAUCAGGGGAUCUCAUAUCUUAUUGCGCUGAAGAAGGGGUCAGGAUUCUAGGAGAAGGCAAGUUCUUGGUUUCUGAUAGUUUUCCAGGCAAUGAGAGAACAAAGUAUUGUCUCACUUCAAAGAUCCCACUCGGAGUUGUCUUGGCCAUACCACCCUUCAACUAUCCGGUCAAUCUCGCCGUCUCCAAAAUCGGCCCUGCACUUAUCGCCGGAAACUCCCUCGUCCUCAAGCCCCCAACUCAGGGGGCAGUGGCUUGCCUUCAUAUGGUGCAAUGCUUUAACUUAGCAGGUUUUCCCAAAGGCCUAAUCAGUUGUAUCACCGGAAAAGGAUCGGAGAUCGGAGAUUUCCUCACCAUGCAUCCCGGAGUUAACUGUAUCAGCUUCACCGGAGGUGACACCGGAGUAGCAAUUUCCAAGAAAGCCGGCAUGGUGCCACUUCAGAUGGAGCUCGGAGGAAAAGACGCAUGCAUCGUUCUGGAAGACGCUGAUCUUGAUUUGGUUGCAGCAAAUAUCAUCAAAGGAGGUUUCUCCUACAGUGGUCAGAGAUGCACUGCUGUUAAAGUUGUAUUGGUGAUGGAAUCGGUGGCCGAUGAGUUAGUGGAAAAAGUGAACGCCAAGGUGGCGAAGUUGAAGGUGGGCCCACCGGAGGAUGAUUGUGACAUCACUCCGGUGGUCUCUGAGUCGUCUGCAAAUUUCAUCGAAGGUUUAGCUAAGGAUGCAAAGACGAAAGGAGCAACGUUUUGUCAGGAGUAUAAGCGUGAGGGCAACCUUAUUUGGCCAUUGUUGCUUGAUAAUGUUCGACCCGAUAUGAGAAUUGCAUGGGAGGAACCAUUUGGGCCCAUCGUGCCUGUUAUUAGGAUUAACUCCAUUGAAGAAGGGAUCCACCAUUGUAAUGCUAGCAAUUUUGGUCUUCAGGGAUGUGUCUUCACUAAAGACAUCAACAAAGCAAUCUUGAUUAGUGAUGCGAUGGAAACCGGGACGGUGCAAAUAAACUCUGCCCCGGCUCGUGGCCCUGAUCACUUCCCCUUUCAGGGUUUGAAGGACAGUGGGAUCGGGUCCCAAGGAAUCACGAACAGUAUUAAUAUGAUGACAAAAAUCAAGAGCACAGUAAUCAACUUACCAACCCCAAGUUAUACGAUGGGAUAGAUGAUAUGCAUAUAAUGUGUUUGAUGAAAUAAAUAAGAAAUGAACUAUUAUUGAGGCUUCUUUGUUCUUAAUAUAAGUUCAAAUAAUGUUUAGUGCUACCAAAAAUGGUGAACGAUAUUUCAUGCAUUAAGGACUGUACUGUCGGGAUAGAUAUUAGCGAUUUUUAUUGA